UUAUAUUUAAGAAUUUUCUAAAAAAUUUAGUAUUAAACGAAGAAUUAAUAUUUUGUAUAUAAGAAAGUGGGAAUACAACUUGUUGAAUAUGACGACGCUAUCAGAUACUUCUGAUUAUAAUGAAAAUGAACAUGAUAUAAUAGUUCAAUAUGAAAAUCAAGAGUCAGAGGAAGAUCAAGAUAUUAUUCAACAAAAGUUAGACUUGGAAAAUGAAGAAAAUAAAGAAGAAAAUAUAAAAAGAAUUGAUCCAUCAACUUCAUCUAAAAAACAUAUAGUAAGAAAUCCCUUACCUAAAUUAAAUACAGAACGUUUAAAGGGUCCUAAAGGAAUUCAUACUAUUGAAAAAUAUUUUGAAGGUUUCAAAUAUUAUGAAAAAGGAUAUGAAAAAUUAGAUUUAGAUAGAAUUAUGAAAAGAUUAGAACAUUGGGGACAUAGAUUAUUUCCUAAAUUAGAUUUUGAUGAUUUUCUUGAAAGAUUAGAAAAAUUAGGUACUAAAAAGGAUCUUCAGGUGUUUAUAAAGAAAUAUAGACAAGAUAUGAUCAAUGAAGAUAUUGAUAUUAUUAACCAGGAUAAUAAUAUAGAUAUAGAAGAAAAUAAAGAACAAGAUGAACCUAUUGAUGAAUUUGAUUUAUUGAUUGCAGAACAAAUAGAAAAACAAAAGCAAGUUAUGCAACAAUCUUCAUUUAAUGUAGCUGCAACUAAUAAUGAUGCAUUUGAUAAGUUAUUAUCAGAAUCUAAUACUGCAAAUUCUUUGUUUACAACUAAUACUUCUGAUUCUUCACAAUUAAGUAAUGAAGUAAAAGAACGUAUAGAAAAAAAUAGGCAACAAGCUAUCCAAAGAAGACUUGCAAAACUUAAAGAAAUACAAGAAAAAACUAAAUAAAGAAACUUAAAAAAGUUAGAAUUUAAUACAAAUUUUUUAUCUACAGCUAAUAUUUAAUUCUUCACAAUUCAAUAAUACGAUAAAAAAAAAAAU